AUGGCUGCUUUUGAGCAAAAAUAUCAGAAUGGCGUCGCUAGAAUUGUCGAGUACCCAGUGUGGUUUGGAGGCUCAGCCUCGUCUAUGGCGGUUUGCGUAACGCAUCCCCUUGAGCUUGGUACGUGUAAUUCCGGGGCCUUGGAAAUGGUUGCACACAUCGUUAGAAAUGACGGGUUUCUAGGGUUAUAUUACGGUCGAGAUGAGGCUGAAUUGUCUAUGAGCACAGUACUUUAUGGCACGAGUCGAUUCGCUCUGUACGAGACGAUCAAAACCUAUUAUCAGCGUCAAAGUCAAGACCCUCCUACAUUAUCGGUUUUGAUACCAGCUGCCGCUGCCAGCGGUUUUGUAGGCGGUAUUAUCGGUAACCCCGCAGACCUCGCCAACGUUCGUAUGCAAUGUGAUCGCGGUCUCCCACUCGUCUCGAGACGUGGCUAUAGUCAUAUCUUCGAUGCGUGGAUCCGGAUGGCCAAGGAGGAAGGCUGGCAAUGUCUUAUGCGGGGAUGGGGUCCAAAUGCUAUUCGGGCAGGUUUAAUGACUUCCUCGCAACUGGCUUCAUACGAUAGCUUCAAAUCAAUGCUGACCCGCGACUUGGGGAUGGGAGACAAUAUGCGAACCCAUUUCGCCUCCUCGGUGCUUGCUAGUCUUGUUGCUACUACUGUUUGCAGUCCUGUAGAUGUCAUAAAGACACGGAUUAUGAGUUCCAGUGAGCCUGUCUCGGUCCCAAAGUUGGUGAGGCAUAUCUCGCGGGCGGAAGGCCUCCGUUGGAUGUCGAGGGGAUGGGUGCCUAGUUUUGGUAGACUUGGUCCGCAGACUGUCGUUACUUUCAUGCUUCUUGAACAGCAUAAGUUGUUAUAUAGAACCCUAUAUGGUCUCUGA